AUCCAGUACCGCCACCACAUCGCUAAACCAUCACCUCCUCUGUUUCUGCAAUCGUACGUCAUGGCGGACGCGAAGCAACAAGUGCAUCUGAACGGCGCCUAUUACGGCCCUCCGGUGCCUCCCCGGCAUCAUUCCUUCCGCAGCGUCGGCCGAUCCUCCCGCUGCUGCUGCGGCUGCCUCCUCUGCAACCUCUUCAUGUUCCUCCUCUCCCUCCUCGUCGCCCUCGGCGUCGUCGUCCUCGUCCUCUGCCUCGUCUUCCGCCCCUACCAGCCCACGGCCCGCGUUGACACCGCCUCUCUCGUCCGAUUCGAUCUCGACGGCUCCUCCACCCUCCGCUACAACCUCUCCCUCGGUCUCACCGUCCGCAACCCCAACCGGCGGCUCUCCUUCUACUACGACCGCCUGGAGGCCCGCGCGGAGUACGACGAAAACCGCUUCGGCUUCUCCAGCCUUCCCACCUUCUACCAAGGACACAAGAACACCACAGUGAUCGGCUCGAUCCUGUUCGACGGCACGCAGCGCUUGCUCGGGGACUCCGACGUCGGCGAAACCUACCUGAGGGAGACGAGCGAGGGCUUCUACAACAUCGACGUCAAGGUGCGGGGCAAGAUGAGGGUCAAAGCUUGGAUAUUUAAGCUCCGGUACAACCGGCCCCACAUCGACUGCACGCUGAAGUUGCCGGUGCCCGGCACCGGCGGCAAGUUCGAGAGCACGGACUGCGACGUGGACGUCUUCUGAUAGAAUACGAUGUCUCAUUUAUAUUUUGAUCGAUCGAUCGAUCUGUACUGUUCGAUAUGUCAUUUUCCCCCUAUUAUUUUAUUUGGCACAUAUUCGUAGUUAUCAGAAA